GGCGCGGCGGCGCGUCCCCCGUGCGCAGGCGCGGGCGCGGCCUCCGGCGCGGUGCCCAUGGAGCCGGCGCGGCCCGCGGAGCCGGAGCCCGGCGCGGCCGAGGCCGACCGCUGGGCGUGGCUGCUCGUGCUCAGCUUCGUGUUCGGCUGCAACGUGCUCAGGAUUCUCCUGCCGUCCUUCUCCUCCGUGCUGUCCCGGGUGCUGCAGAAGGCUGCCGAGCAGGAGUCCCAGAUGCGAGCCGAGAUCCAGGCCAUGAAGCAGGAGCUGGCCACGGUCAACAUGAUGGACGAGUUUGCCCGGUAUGCGCGGCUGGAGCGGAAGAUCAACAAGAUGACGGACAAGCUCAAGACGCACGUGAAGGCGCGCACAGCCCAGCUGGCCAAGAUCAAGUGGGUCGUCAGCGUCACCUUCUACGUGUUGCAGGCCGCCCUGAUGGUCUCGCUCAUCUGGAAGUACUACUCCGUGCCCGUGGCCGUGCUGCCCAGUAAGUGGAUCACCCCCCUGGACCGCCUGGUGGCGUUUCCCACCAGAGUGGCAGGGGGCGUCGGGAUCACCUGCUGGAUCUUGGUGUGCAACAAGGUCGUGGCCAUCGUGCUCCACCCUUUCAGCUGACCGGGACGGCGGCCGCCCACACCUUCCAAAACAGAAUCACUGUUUGGCCGAAAAUGUGACUUCUGUUGUUUCGUGGCUACUUUUUCUUUUAAGAGCGCACAGGUUUUGUGUAUGUGUGUUUGUUGGUUUUUUACCUCAUGUGGUGCUCGGGACCUGGGGUCACACCUGGCAGAGCUUGGCCCCCUGGGCCAGCAUUUCAGUGCGAGGACCCCAGGUGAGUGCCGGGGGCCCCCAGGGCCACCCCCCAUGAUGCCCAGGAGGGAGGCUGUGUGGCAUGGGGUCGAACCCAGGCUGGGUGCGUGCAAGGUGCACCCUAACCAUUGGACUAUCUCUUUGUUCCCUCUGCCCCCACCACCUUUUUUUUUUUUUUUUUUUGCACAACACGUAUUUGUUCUGGGUAAAUAUGUAUUGUCAAAAAAAUAUGUGAGAGUCUUACAAGAAACACAGUUUGGAACCCUUGUCACCGAGCCAGAAGCCUGGUCAGUAUGCGGCCCCGUGUCCCAGCCAGCUGAGCACCGGGCCGGUCACCGGAAAUGUGGGUCAUGAUGGCAUUGACGUCUUUUGCUCGAGUUUGGCACGAAGUCCGCACGAUGGCACUGUGCAGGACCAGCGGCAGAGUUGGGGUUGUGCACGCCCUGGCCCCUUGGAGCAGUGACCCUCCGCUGCUGCUUCGUGGACCGGAGCCAGUGGCAGAAAUUGUGUGCUGGUUCUUGGAAAGAGAAGCCGAGAAGCUGCUUGCCCGACGUCUUUCCGGCCCCAGGCGCCGACGGUGCGGCCACCCCGAGCUCCAGAGUGUGGCUAACUUCUUUCACGCGCUCCGAAGAGAAUAACACUAACCAGUGUUGCUGGAGGUGUCACCCGCCGGGCAAGCCCCUGGCAGCUGUGAAGUUUCUGUGACACGUCUUAUCCUUUCUGAUUGUGCCCCUGCGGCCGAUGCACCGUUGUUUGUGCCUGAGUCGUGUGUCUUCUAUUUAAAUUUCAGAUGAGAUGUAUUUUAUGAACAUGUAUUUAUGCUCGUAGAUCGGACCAGGCUGAGAGAGCCGAGCCUGGCUCCUGGCUAAGCUCGCUGCCUGGCCGAAUGUCUGGUCUGUAAGGUGUGGUCAGUGCUGGCACACGGUUCUGGAAACCCCUUUCCCCCAAUUAAAAGCUUUGCCAGUGUC